GCUGGCGGAUAUCUGCGUGCUCAAAAGCACAUCUCUCCUGACGCGCUGCAAAAAGAAGACGAAGAAAUCGUCAAGAACUUCAUCUUUCCUUUUCCUUUUCCUUUUCGUUUUGUGAAAGAUAACGUCCUUACCCGCACCAGCUGCUGUGUACCUAAGUGGUUUCUUAGGCCCACAUUGUUGUCCGCAUCUCUGCGCAAGUUCCCGCUUAUCGUUGGGAAUACUAAGCAUCUUCAUUCGUAGCUGCUCUUCUCCCCCGCCGCGUACAGCUGAACACGCCAAUUUGAGCGUACCGCAGCAACCGACUUUCGCUCUGUUUCCUUUCGUCUCGUAUUUCUGUGUGCGGUGUAGCUGAACUCGGGAUUUGGCUUUCACAAAAGAAAAGAGUCGUCUUACUGUCCACACAACAUGACCGCUCCUGUCCAGCGCACGUCCGUCUACAUCGGCGAUCUGCCGACGGACCUGCCACGGCCCGAGGAGGCGGUGAACAACCUCUUCAGCAGCGUAGCCCCGGUCAUGUCGGUGAAAGUGUGCCGCGACAUGGCCACGCAGCGUUCCUUGGGCUACGCCUACGUAAACUUCCAAACGACCGCGGAUGCAGAGAAGGUGAUCGAUGCCCUCAAUUACACCGACAUCGUCCCUGGCCGUCAGAUCCGUGUGAUGUUCUCCAUCCGCGAUCCCCUGCAGCGCAAGAGCGGCAUGAACAACGUCUUUGUCAAGAAGCUGGAGCCUUCCAUCAACGCCAAGGCGCUGCAGACCGCCUUCAGCAAGUGUGGGCGUGUUCUCUCGUGCAAGGUGGCGCUGGAUGCGGAGGGCAAGUCAAAGGGGUACGGCUUCGUGCAGUUCGAGAACGCCGAGGGCGCCAAGGCAGCUCUGGAGAUGAACGGGGCGAAGAUCGGUGCGAACGAGGUCGAGGUGGCAACGUUUGUGCGCCGCGCAGACCGUGACGCGCUGGCUUCCAAGUCCUUCACCUCUGUCUACAUCAAGAACAUCAAGGGGUCCGCGACGGAGGCGGAACUGACAGCCGCCUUGGAGAAGUUCGGCAAGCUGCAGUCCCUCUUUCUGGCGGAGCACCCGCCCUUCGCGACUAAAUUUGCCCUCGCCGCCUUCGAGCAGCACGAGGCGGCCGUGAAGGCGAUCGCGGAGCUCAACGAAAAGAUAGACAGCGGACUGACGGAGGAGAGUGUGAAGCUGGUGGUCUGCCGCGCCCUCUCGAAGAGUGAACGUGACCGCGAAAAGAAGAAGGCGGCGUCGCUCUACCAAAACCACGGUCGCAACCUCUACGUGAAGCACCUGCCGGAGGACAUCACUGAGGAAAAGCUGCACGAGCUCUUCGAGCCGUACGGCAAAAUCACGUCCUGCGCGCUCAUGAAAGACGGGAACGGCAUCUUUAAGGGGUUUGCCUUUGUCUGCUUCGAGGACCGCGAGUGUGCCACGACGGCGAUGCGGACGCUGAAUGGGCAGUCCAUAGAGAAUUCGAAGAAGCCUCUCUACGUCAGUCAGGCGGAGCAGAAGGACAUGCGUAUUCGCCUGCUGCAGCAGCGGCGUGCGGCGAUGCGCCACCAAAGUCGCAUGGCACCCCCGAUGGCCAUGUUUCCGCAGCAGUGGCCACGCCAACCCUUCCCGCAGAUGGCGCCGCCCAUGAUGCCGCCGCCGCCACCGCCAAACAUGGGCAUGCCGCAAUUCAUGUCCGGCCCGAUGAUGCGCCGCCCGAUGAUGCAGCAUGGCAUGCCUGGGCAGCCGAUGCGCGUGCCGAACCGCUACACCCAGCCGCGCGAGCAGUACCAGCCCGUACGUCAUGAGGGUGUCGAUGUGAACUACUUGGGCACCCUUGCCCCGGAGCAGCAGAAGAACUAUCUGGGUGAGCUGCUCUACGGCAAGAUCAUGCCCGUGGAGUCGGCCAACGCGGCCAAGAUCACCGGCAUGCUGCUUGAGAUGAGCCGCGAGGAGAUCUUUGAGGUGCUGGCGGAUCCAAACUCUCUCAUGGCCAAGAUCCAGGAGGCCAACGCGGUACUCCAGCAGCAUGCCAGCAGCUAA